AUGGCUCAGCUGGAGCUGCUGGUGGUGGCCGCGCUGCUGCUGCUCGGGGCUGCGGUCAGCCUCUGCGUCAGGUGCCAGCAAGCUGCCAAGCGAGAGAAGCAGCCGAGCGAGCAGAGGAGCCAGAAAACCACUGAGGAGUUUGGUGCCUCCUGCCAUGCUGGGUAUGGGAGCAGGAUGGAGACCAGGUACCAGAACUUCCUGACAGAGGACAGCCUGCAAGGGGACGCUGCCUACGUGGAGCCCAUCUCUCUGGAUUACUACAACUGUGCCAGGUUCUUCUCCCCACCCAACGAGAAAGAGGAGGAUUCCCAUUCCUACCAAAACGUCUUCAUUGGAGGGUCUCAUGGCUCUGCCCCGGUGACAGAUGACGCCGCAGACUACGAGAACAGCGCGGACACGUGCCGGUGGAAAGCCCGGCGUGCGGGAGCUCUGCAGGCUGAGAGCCCGGAUGAUGAGCCAGACUAUGUCAACACAGCCCCUGUGUAA